AGUGUAGAACCAAAAGUCUGGCGGAGAGAAAGGUGGAGUGGAGAUUUGAGUGAGCGUUUGUAAUUUUGCGCCGGAGCUCUCCGACCAACCAACACUUCCAAACAAACGCGAAGGACGACGACGGACUUGGUUAUUUGCUCAGUUAGAUGUCCCAUCCGUCGGCCGUGAAAGGGUUGUUCUGAGACCAGGCUGCUGAGAUGACAAGGCAGUGACAGAGUGUGUCCAAGUGUGUCUGUACUGGACCAGUUCCUGUGACAUGGCUGCCGCGAAGAAGAGUUGUGCAAAAACAGGAGGGGUGCGUUUCUCAGAGGAACCCCCUGCUGCCGGCGCCCCAUCACACGUUCAUUUCGAUGAGAAGCUCCACGACUCUGUCGUCAUGGUGACUCCAGAGGAUGACGGCAACUUCAUGGUUAAGGUAGGCUUCCUUAAGACGCAGCACCGGUACGAGAUAGUCUUCACCCUGCCUGAGAUCCCGGCUCUGGGGAAAGAUGUGUGUCCAGCACCGGUACCGAGUCCACACCUCCGAAUCACUGAUAUCACACCGGCGGCAGAGGGAGGUCUGAAGGUAACGUGUGAGUACAUGGCCCUGCAGGAGGGAGUCCUGUGUGAGGAGGUCUUACUGCUGAGCGAGACCAACGAGGACGCCUGUGUCAAAGUUAAGGUUCAUGCCAGAGUCAUGGAUCGUCACCACGGGACGCCCAUGCUCCUGGAGGGAGUGCGCUGCAUCGGCGUGGAGCUGGAGUACGACUCCGAACAGAGCGACUGGCAGGGAUUCGACUAGAUGACACAACGGCCACUAACACCUGUAACACAGACAUAAUACACAGCCAAACCAUCCCACAGCAGCCACACCUGACACACACUCCUACGUGGAAGCAGACGGACACGUACACGGCUCAUUUCCUGACAAAACUUAACAAAGAAACAUGUUCUACUAACACUGGAGUUUGAAGGUCGAAAACUCGAUGAACAGACUACGGCUUUGUGUUUUGAAAUACAAAAUGUACCUUUCAAAUAUCCACUUGGAGUACAUGAUAGAUAGAUAGAUAGAUAGAUAGAUAGAUAGAUAGAUAGAUAGAUAGAUAGAUAGAUAGAUAGAUAGAUAGAUAGAUAGAUAGAUAGAUAGAUAGAUAGAUAGAUAGAUAGAUAGAGGAGUAUAAAAGUGUUAAACUUUUAAAGCAGUGCAAAAACAAAGACAAUAGCACAGUGGCUUGUAAUAAAUAUAAGGACAAUAAGGCCCUCACACGUAUUGUAUCUUAUUUUGGCAUCGAUCCAGCUGAUGUCAUCAUGUCUAUGCCUUUGCUGAUGUCAGCAUAUCAGUUGCCACUAUAUAUGUGCCAAGUUUAU